CGCUGUUUUCAAGGUGCCAUCUUCGCACUCGUCACGUCUAUGUCUGAACAACCGCAGCGAUGGGUCUUUCUAUUAUGGUUGGUAUAUUCAUCACGCUCUUUGGAGUUGCGUCAUCUCUGAGAUGUUAUGAAGGAGAUACCAAGAACGACAGAAAGCCUAAAACUGCAGCAAAUUGCUCGCAUCCGUUCUGCUCCAAAAUACGGUAUUCCAAUAGCAAAACCAAAAUGCUAAACACAUAUGACUGCGACUACACGGGAAUCUGUGAGACAAGUGGUUGUGAAGAAGAUAGGUUUGGCACGGUCGUCUGUUGCUGUAACAUUGAUUUAUGUAACAAGUCGUUAACAAUUCCAUCUUUAUUUGCAACUCUGUUCGCUUUCUUAGCAAUUGUGUAGAGACAUUAGUUUUCAGUGUAUAUUGUCAUACACGAUACUGAAGGGAAAGAUGUAACAAUCCUUUUAUUCGCUUUACAUUCUGCUUCAUUUCCAUUCCUUUGCGAUCCAAUGAGCUUAUUUCUAGUAAUCAAUUGGAUAAGUCAGUCAUUUCACUUCAUCAGCGAUGUCAUUACGCAUCUCGAUUCUACGGGCAAUCGUUGACAUUUCGAAUUUUUCAUUCUAGCAUGAUUUAGACAGAGUUUCG